AGAUGCGAUCUGGAGAACCUUUCUUGAAAAGAACUUUUCGAGACGCGAAUAGCACACUGCCAUUUGAAUUGCAAAAUACAUUCGUCAGGCGUCCGUAUCAAGACACCUCGAAACUCGCACACCACUCAACGCGUCCUUCCGCGAAACUUUCGCGCUCAUCUCUCUUCCGCCGACGACAAACGGACCAACAAUAUCCGUAUCAAAAGGCACCUUUAUUCCAGAAAGACGGCAAAUUUAUUUCCCUCCACCAUUUGCGGAUCAUCAGGAACCUGAGAAUAUUGCAUCUUUCUUUGCUCAUCUGACGACACAACCCGAACCGCAACCAUGCCUGGCAGAAAAUCAAAUCUUUCGACCGUCACGAAUGGCGAGGAUGAAUCACCUGCACCCACUGGCCGUGCAGCCCGUGAAGGAUCGAGUGUUGAAGACCUAGCCCUACCACGCACCAUGAUUUCGCGGUUAGCAAAGGGAGUUCUUCCUCCCAACACAUCAAUUCACAAGGACGCACUAUUGGCACUGAGCAAGAGCUGUACUGUGUUCGUGAAUUUCUUGGCUGCGAACUCGAACGAAUAUGCACAAAUUGCCGGCAAAAAGACAAUUCAGCCCGCAGACGUAAUGGCAGCACUCAAGGAGAAUGAGUUUGAACAUUUCAUCCCCAGACUGGAAGCAGAACUCAAGAAAUACAACACAGUGCAAUGUGACAAACGCAACUCCUACCGCCGUAAGAUACGCGAGGAAAAGGCAUCAAAAACAGGCGAUGAAAAGCACGCAGACAGCGGUGCUGAGAACGGAGAUGCAGAUGCUUCGAUGCUUGAUGCCACCGAGGUGUCUGCUGUAAACGGUCACUCCAGAAGCGAUGACCAGCCGCCAUCGAAGAAGAUGAGACGGGAAGCCGGCGAAGAGGACGUCUCAGAAGGCGACGAAGAGGAGUUCCACGAUGCCCUGGAGGGUGAAGAUGACGAGGCCGUAGAAGGUGAUGGUGAUGACGAGGUUGAAGAGGACGAGGAUGAAGAUGAGGAUGGUGAUGAGGAGCAGGUGGAAGAUGGAGGUGAUGAGGAAGAUGAGAGGAUUGGGGAUGGUAUGAGGGACGAAGCACUGGAUUCUGCUGAAGACAGCGAUUAGGCAUUACGCCGGUACGAGAGCAGAGGGACAUGGACACCCAGACGAGCAAAGACUGGUGGCUAUUAGAAUUCACAGAACCUGGCACGAGCUCCAUAGGCCAAAUUGAGCUUGCUCUACGCAUUGCUACACAUCAUUAUUGCAAUUUGCAGGAGCUCGGAAGACAUUGCAGACGAUUCAACCUUUUGUGUGUAUGAGGCGACUUGCUCUAUCGCAUCACUGUAUGUAGUGUUGUGUAACUCCGUGAAGCCUUUCCUUGGCCGGCCAUGGCAUGCUGUUCAAAUUUCCGAAAGUGUAUAACCCUCAACGCCGUGCGCCAUGCUUGAAGAAGAAGAGGACGUGAGAUCGUCAGUGUAGACUUGAGAUGGCCAUCACUGUUGGCGCGAGUUCAUCAUGGAGAGCUCGCGAUCGGCCAUGGCAAAAGGAUCGCCGUAC